AUGAAUUAUGAAUACAAUUCUGAAAUAUCUAGAAGACUAAAGGAUAUUGAAACAACGUUAUCAUCCCUUCAAGGCACCAAACAAAAGACUGAAGAUGACAUAUCAGAAAUAAAACAAUGGAGAGACAACUUUGAAACAGAACAAAGUAAUAUAGGGAUAAAAUUUGAAAAGUUGUCCAAGAAACAUAAGCAAAACUUUAAAAACAUUGGGAAAGAAAUAAACGAACAAGAUAACAAAGUAGAAAAGCUUUAUGAAGAAAUGGAAAGUUUAAAAGAAAAGGAAUCAUUAUCUAAUAAAAUGUUAGAGAAAAUGUCAAUAGAUUCGAUAGAUUGCAAAAGCAAUUUAGACAAUAUGAAUAAAGAGAUACAGGUUCAGAGAAAUCAAAAAGAAAAUGUAUCACAAGAAAUUAGGAGCCAUUCAGAUUUGAUAUCUGCAAUACAAGACGAUGGAAAGAAAAACAUUGUACAUACAACUAAAUUGUGUGAAAAUAUACUGUCUAAGCACACUGUUGUAUGUAAACUUCUACAACAAAGAUUGAUGCCUAUUGACAAAAUGAUUCAAACUUUUAAUAGACAUUUUGAGACUAAAGAGAGAAAAGUGAAGAUUGAAACUCAAGAAAAAGAUGUUUUAUUCUUGUCAGGGGAUUCUCAGACAUUUGCCAAUCAACAAGUGAAACAUACACUGGGGUUUAUUGCUUCACACGGUCGCUGGGACGGGACAAACCGUGAAUUAUACACAGUUAUUACAUUCAACAGUGUAGAACGUAACGUAGGAAACCAUUUUGAUCCAAAGACCGGAGAGUUUACCGCCCCUGUUGAUGGCCUGUAUAAAGGAAGUCUUACAAUAAAACAAACAGGAGAUCGUGCUGUAGGAGCUUGGGUUGGGUACAAAUCUGGUGGUGUGUUGUCAUGGCUUGCUGGUGUUAGUACACACGAUACAUCUGUGGAAGCUUCAAGAACAUUUGAGGUUCGGAUGAAAACUGGAGAUAUUUUAUAUUCACACACCGGCUAUAAAGAUUGUCAUAGCUGGAUCAGCCGGAACGGCUCAAACAAAGUGACCAAUGGUAGCCAAGCAAAGUUAAAGCCUGGAGAAAAGUGA